UAGAUGAUUUACUUUAUUUUAUUAUACAUUAGUUGUUAGAGUUGUGGAUUUAAUAUGAUUAUAAUAAGUAAACGUAUGCGAGUCAGAAUAACUAAUAAGCAUCUUAUAAGAAACGUACGUGUAGUAGAUAAGAGUUUGUAUGAGUAAGCACUCUACAUUUUACCUUUUAUAUUUACGUUAUACUUUAGAACUUAAGUAGUUUUAAGAACACAAGGAUGCAAUCAUUUAUACGGAAUCAACAUAAAGAAGAAAGAAAUUUGUUAAAGGCCCUAAAUUCAUUUCAUAUUUAUCGAAAUUUAUGGGGUUUGAGUUGACUUUGGCAACACUGACUGUUGCAAAGCGAACGUUCCACCAUUUUGAAUCGUUGGCGGAAGAUCUCCAAGCAGACGCGAGUUCCCCGGGAAGGUUCCUCAAAUUAUGCUGGUACAGUGAACUCGCCGCCGCCAACCACACCGGACAAGACAACUCGGAUUUGACGAAAACCCCCCUGAUUAGACCUGCUAUCGGACUAGACUAUUUCUCGGAUUAAACAAGAAAAGAGCUUACACAAACAACAUAAUGGACGAUUUGCUUUUAAGAAGGCUUAGGCUCAUUAACGACAAACUCACCACAGACCUAGAAGUUAUUCCUGUUACCAUUAAUUCAGAGAACUUAGGGCAGGCUCAAAUUACUUACAGUAAAUUAGAUGCAUCUCUGAAAAGACUUGACAACGACUUGAUGGAGUACUUUCGCUUGGCUUCGACACCUGCUUCUGAUGAAAUAUGUUUACUGAGUGGAUUGCAACUUCAAACAGAGGAGACUUUGGCUGAACUUAAAGUGAAGAUCGACCAAAUAACUUUGAAAGGCAACGCUACAGAGAAACCUCCGGAAGCGAAUGCCUCAUGCCGACUCCCUAAACUUCAGCUGCCGGUGUAUAGUGGAGAUGUGCUCUUUUGGUGUGAGUUCUGGGACUCCUUCAAGAGCAACAUUGAUUCAAGAAAUCUGCCUGAUGUUGACAAGCUCUCCUAUCUUAAAGCCUCGAUGACGGGAGAUGCCAAGAAAGCCAUAGAUGGUCUGUCUACUACUAAUGCUAAUUAUAGAAUAGCCAUAUCAAUCCUGAAGGAGCGUUUCGGCAAGACCUCUCAUCUCAUUGACGCGCAUUAUGCAACACUAUAUAAGGUUAAGAUGGCCAAAAGCACCGCUGAAGACUGUAGAAAGACAUUCAACGAAGUUGAACGAAAUCUCAAAAUUUUGGAAUCAUUAGGUGAAAACAUCAAUCACAAUCAUCUUCGUUUUAUGUUGCUGGAGAAAUUUCCACCCGAUCUAGUUUACGAAAUUAAGCUGAAGGUUAAUGAUGAUUCUAUACAAGAAAUCAGGAACCAAUUAGAUAGAAUUAUUACCGCAAAAGAGGAUGCUGAAAGGAUUUCAGGAAGAAAACGCACGCAUGAAGCAGAAGAUAGUACAGUCGGAACUCUACAUAUAAAUGUGAAACGUGCAAGAAGCGCAUAUCAACCCAAACAGCAACAAGGUCCCCCUAAGAAACAAAAUCCUCAAGGAGGUUUUGAUAGAAGACCGGAAAGGAAGAAUAAGUUUGAUAGUAUUAAUAAACCCAAUAAAUGGAACAGACCAAAACAAACUCCGACUUCUAACAAGGAUCAACCAGAACCUCAGCAGGGCUCUUCGAAGGGGAGAACAGCGUGGACAUGCAUCUUUUGCAAAGGUGAUCAUUACAAUGAUAAGUGCUCUGAAGCUACUACCUUAGCAGAAAGAAAGAAACGACUUGGAAAGAAAUGCUUCAUGUGUUUGAAGUUAGGCCACUUUAUAAAAGACUGCAAGAACAAACGUAAGUGUAGCAUUUGCUGUAGUGAGACACCGCAUAACAGAGCUUUAUGCCAUUUAAAUUUUCAGAAGAAUACUGCAAUGAAGAAACAGUCCUGACGGUUCUAGGAAAGGGAUUCACUACUCUUCAAACUUCUGUCGUUAGGGCUAACCCCCUAGAUAAUAAAAAUAAACAAUAUAAAUAUAGACUUCUUUUAGAUCCAGGCUCUCAGCGCUCCUACGUCACAUUUCAAACUGCCAAGGAAUUGAAGCUUCCCAUUGAAGAGGAAAGUCAUUUAACUAUAUUUACCUUCGGUGAAGAUCCUCCUAAAGAAAUACAUAGUCCAAUAGUUACUUUACAAUUGCUGUCAA